CUUCAGACGCCGAUUUGCAGAAGAUUCUGGAACACAAGAGGAGCAGCUGAGAGUUUUCAGACCAUUUCUUAUCUUCUCUAAACUCAGAAAAUCAUCUUUCACCUUCUGGAUGUCCAAGCCUUUCACCUUAAACUUUAAGCGUUACAUUCUCUGCCUGAUAAAUCACCCUCUCAACCUGUUGUUAUUUUAAGGGGCUGGGGAGCUGAACUAUCUGACCAGCAUGGCGAAGGCUAGAGUUGUUUUAACUGUUUGCCAGUUGGUGCUAGAAUUGUUAAUGAAUUCAUUAACUGAGUCUUCCAUACAGAGUAAUGAAUGUCCACAGCUUUGUGUAUGUGAAAUCAGGCCGUGGUUUACGCCACAGUCAACGUACAGGGAAGCCACGACAGUUGACUGCAACGACCUUCGAUUAACAAAAAUCCCCAGCAAUCUUUCCAGUGACACUCAAGUCCUUCUGUUGCAGAGCAACAACAUUGCAAAGACCACAGAUGAACUCCAGCAGCUGUUUAAUUUAACAGAAUUGGAUUUUUCACAAAAUAACUUCACAAGUAUCAAAGACGUGGGGCUCUCAAAUCUCACUCAACUUACUACUUUGCACCUGGAGGAAAACCAGAUAACGGAGAUGACUGACUACUGCUUGCAAGACCUUUGCAAUCUUCAGGAGCUAUACAUAAAUCACAACCAGAUCAGUAGCAUUUCUGCAAAUGCAUUCUCUGGCCUGAAGAAUCUUUUGAGAUUACAUCUCAACUCCAAUAAAUUAAAGGUUAUUGACAGCCGUUGGUUUGAUUCUACUCCUAACUUAGAGAUUCUCAUGAUUGGAGAAAAUCCAGUGAUCGGAAUACUAGAUAUGAAUUUCAAACCACUCUCCAAUUUAAGGAGUCUAGUUUUGGCAGGUAUGUAUCUCACAGACAUUCCUGGCAAUGCCUUGGUAGGCUUGGAUAGUCUUGAAAGUCUUUCCUUCUAUGACAACAAAUUGGUAAAAGUUCCUCAGCUUGCACUUGAGAAAGUUCCAAAUUUAAAAUUCCUGGAUCUCAACAAAAAUCCGAUUCAUAAAAUUCAAGAAGGUGAUUUUAAAAACAUGCUCAGAUUGAAAGAGCUUGGAAUCAAUAAUAUGGGAGAACUUGUUUCUGUUGAUAGGUAUGCGCUAGACAACCUGCCUGAACUUACAAAGCUUGAAGCCACCAACAAUCCAAAGCUGUCUUACAUACAUCGUUUGGCAUUUCGCAACGUCCCUGCCCUGGAGAGCUUGAUGCUGAACAACAACGCCUUGAAUGCAGUCUACCAAAAGACAGUGGAAUCCCUUCCAAACCUGCGUGAGAUCAGUAUCCACAGUAACCCGCUCAGGUGUGACUGUGUCAUUCACUGGAUCAACUCGAACAAAACCAACAUCCGUUUCAUGGAACCUCUAUCCAUGUUUUGCGCUAUGCCUCCAGAAUACAGAGGACAGCAGGUGAAGGAAGUGUUAAUACAGGAUUCCAACGAACAAUGUCUUCCAAUGAUCUCUCGUGAGACCUUUCCAAAUCACUUAAACUUGGACGUUGGCAUGACAGUGUUUUUGGACUGUCGGGCCAUGGCAGAACCCGAGCCAGAAAUUUACUGGGUCACUCCUCUCGGCAAUAAAGUAACUGUCGAAAGUCUCUCUGACAAAUACAAGCUGAGUAGCGAAGGCACCUUGGAAAUCUCUAACAUCCAGGUUGAAGACUCCGGGAGAUACACCUGUGUUGCGCAAAACAUAGAAGGGGCUGACACGAGGGUCGCUACUAUCCGGGUGAACGGAACGCUUUUGGAUGGUACCCAGGUUCUGAAAAUCUACGUUAAGCAAGCCGAAUCGCAUUCAAUCUUGGUUUCUUGGAAAGUUAAUUCCAACGUCAUGACCUCCAAUUUAAAAUGGUCAUCGGCCACUAUGAAGAUUGACAACCCUCACAUUACGUACACUGCUAGGGUCCCGGUUGAUGUCCAUGAAUAUAACCUCACGCAUUUACAACCAUCUACAGAUUAUGAAGUGUGUCUAACUGUGUCAAAUAUCCAUCAGCAAACACAGAAGUCCUGCGUUAACGUUACGACAAAAAACGCAGCUUUUGCGCUAGAUAUUUCAGACCAAGAAACCAGCACUGCCCUCGCAGCAGUAAUGGGAUCCAUGUUUGCCGUCAUUAGCCUCGCCUCCGUUUCUGUUUAUAUUGCAAAAAGAUUUAAGAGAAAAAACUACCACCACUCAUUGAAAAAAUAUAUGCAAAAGACCUCUUCAAUCCCACUGAAUGAGCUCUACCCUCCACUUAUUAAUCUCUGGGAAGGUGACAGUGAAAAAGACAAGGAUGGCUCUGCAGAGACCAAGCCAACCCAAGUCGACACAUCCAGAAGCUAUUACAUGUGGUAACUCAGAGGAUAUUUUGCUUCUGGUAGUAAGGAGCACAAAGACUUUUUUGCUUUAUUCUGCAAAAACGAGAAGUUGAAGACUUUUCUAUUUUUGACUUUGCUAGUUUGUGGCAGAGCGGUGAGGACAGGUGGAUAUUUCAGAAUUUUUUAGUAUAGCGUAUCGCAAUUGUUUGACACAAAUGGCAGCUUCACCUAGCUUCCGAUUUUUUUUUUUCCUUUUUCCUUUUUUUAGUUAUUGUGCUAAACCUAAUGCUGUUCUAACUACAGUGCUGAAUAAAAUUAAUGAGAGGCUGGGGUUACCCUGUGAGUCAAAAGUAGCACAACCCCAUUCUUCUGAAGCCAUCAGUAGAGUACAGAACCUUGCAAAGCUAACAUACAGUUUUGAAACUGCAUUGAACUAGGUUUGUAACACUGGUCUAAGGACUCGUACGCUGAGAGGAGGAGACCCUGGAUGAUCUUAGUUGACUGUACUGUAAUGUUGUAUCAACUGAUUUGAAUGUUUUUGACUUUGAACAAUGAGUUUUCUUUUUUUCUGUUUAUUUUUGUAGUAGUUGGAAAGGCUUAGGUAAAGCUAACAGGCAAUAGAAAUACGUACAUCCAGUUUUUUAAUGUAACAGACUAAAUGUUAAUUGUUCUCUUAUUCUUUUUAUUAUAUUUAGUAGACACUUUUGAAGAAUACUAGAGUUUUGUUGUGUUUAAAUCACCAACAC